CGUCCACGUGACAGGUCCUUUGACUCGUCCACGUGACAGGCCCGGUGGUUGGGAUUAUAUGUAGAGUGAACGUAAUUUAUUCAGAGUGAAUUUAUUGUCUUCAGUAUAUUAUGGCUGCAGUAGUAAAAUCAGAGGAACAUCCAAGGAAUUUGAUUCCUGAGUUAUGUCGGCUUUUCUAUAAUCUUGGCUGGGUAACGGGAACAGGCGGAGGAAUAAGUAUAAAACAUGAAGGCAAAAUAUACAUUGCUCCAUCUGGUGUUCAGAAGGAACGUAUAUUACCAGAGGAUCUGUUUGUACAGGACAUGGAUGGACAAGAUUUAGAGCUUCCUCCGCCAGAGAAGAAGCUGAAGAAGAGUCAGUGUACGCCACUGUUUAUGUGUGCUUACACAGCCCGUCAAGCUGGUGCAGUAAUUCACACCCAUUCUAAAGCAGCUGUCUUGGCAACAUUACUAUAUCCUGGGAAAGAAUUUAGAGUCACCCAUUUGGAGAUGAUAAAGGGAAUACGUAAUCAGAAACUUGGCCGAAACUACAAUUAUGAUGAAGAACUUGUGAUUCCUAUAAUUGAAAAUACCCCAUGGGAAGCAGAUCUGAAGGACAGGAUGGCUCAAGUAAUAGAAGAAUAUCCUCAGACCACAGCUGUUCUUGUCAGGCGCCAUGGUGUUUAUGUGUGGGGUGACACUUGGCAACAAGCCAAGACAAUGUCUGAGUGUUAUGACUACCUGUUUGAUGUAGCAGUAAAAAUGAAGCUGCAUGGCUUGAAUCCACAAGAGACUCCUGAACAGCAUGAACUGAAAAUUCAGAAUGAAGCCAGUGUGCUUAAAAAUUGUAAAUCAGAUCAAUACUGACCACGCCAACUCAGACACACAUAAAUGAAUGUUCAUUUGAUACUUUGAUUGCUGCAGAGUUACAAGUAAUAAAAGAGUUUCCAAGGAUA